GACAUAAAAGAGUUUGUCAAGUUUCAAAAGUAUCUUUCAAAUCCGCCAUUGCAGAAGCUUCUCCUUCCAACCCAGAUUCAUAAUUACAUUCGCCAUCAAACUAGUAACUGAAAGAAAUUAAGCAAGUUCUUUGUUUUCGAACCUUUUAACUCCAAAUCUGUUUGAUAAUUUUAUUGAUUUUUUUUCGUCAACUUAUCUUUUUAAGGUUGCGUAGGUUUUAUGCAUUGAAAUGAGAAAAAAAUAACUCUUUUUUCUUCUUUUUGUUUGUUCGCCUCUCCUUUAGAUAAGAUUCUUUGUCUUUUCCAUCCCCUCUCUUUGAUAUUUAUUUCAAUUUUUUAGAUAUUUUCUCUCCGUUCGUUUCAGUUUCCUCUUUUGAGAUUUUCCAGAAGGUUUUUAAUGGCUAGCAAAAGGAUUCAGAAGGAGCUACAGGAUUUACAGAGAGAUCCACCAACAUCAUGCAGUGCUGGACCUGCCGGGGAAGACUUAUUCCACUGGCAAGCGACUAUCAUGGGACCCUCUGAUAGUCCUUAUGCUGGAGGUGUUUUCUUUGUCAUGAUUCAUUUCCCACCAGAUUAUCCGUUCAAGCCGCCCAAGGUCAACUUCCAGACAAAGGUUUAUCACCCUAACAUUAACUCCAACGGCAGUAUAUGUCUUGACAUUCUGAAGGAGCAGUGGAGCCCAGCAUUAACGAUCUCAAAGGUCCUUCUCUCCAUCUGUUCACUCCUGACCGAUCCAAACCCUGACGAUCCCCUCGUUCCUGAAAUAGCCCACAUCUACAAGAACCAAAGAAACCGGUAUGAAGAAACAGCAAGAGCAUGGACCCAGAAAUAUGCUAUGAAUUAAAGAUCAGGUGCGCAAGGAAGUAGUCGUGGAUCAGAAUCGUCGGGUACUUUAUAACAAAGAGAUGAUGAUGUUUUAGACAAUGUAUUGAAUGGUGUGUCUUUUUCUUCUUGAUUAACCAAUCUGCCCUAUCAAAGUUGCAUGGCAUGUUUGGUUUUUGUAUAUUAUAACUGCUAUUCAUGCGAGAAUUUCUAUACGUUUCUAUGUAUUGUAUUUGUGGAUUUCUGUUC